GGCAUUCAGAGAAAGAGCAGUAAGACAACGCAUAGUUAUGGAAUUACUGAGGAAUAUCGCUCAACAGCCUGCGAAUAGCAGCAAUAAGACAUGCGAGCCCAACCCGCAGCGGUCCUGUGAAAUGCAGAGAAAGAAAACGGAGGAUCACAGUCAUGCACCUGCUGAAAUGGCGAGGAUUGUAACGGAUCCAGCCACCGGGAAAUGUUACUGCCGUGGGAAGGUUUUAGGAAAGGGAGGUUUUGCAAAGUGUUACGAGAUGACUGACCUGUCCACGAGUAAAGUUUACGCCGCAAAAAUAAUUCCUCACACGCGCGUCUCCAAACCUCAUCAACGGGAAAAGAUUGACAGGGAAAUAGAGCUACACAGAGUUCUCCACCAUAAACACAUCGUGCACUUUUACCAUCAUUUCGAGGACAAAGAUAACAUCUACAUUCUCCUGGAAUACUGUAGUAGAAGAUCUUUGGCACAUAUCCUGAAGGCACGCAAAGUGCUCAUGGAGCCUGAAGUACGAUACUACCUCCGCCAGAUCGUCUCAGGGCUAAAAUACCUGCAUGAACAAGAAAUCCUGCACAGAGACCUCAAACUGGGUAACUUCUUCGUGAGUGAGUCAAUGGAGUUAAAGGUCGGAGACUUUGGGCUCGCUGCCAAGCUAGAACCGGCUGGGGACAGGAAGAAGACCAUCUGUGGGACCCCCAACUACUUGUCCCCUGAAGUGCUCAACAAGCAGGGCCAUGGCUGUGAGUCGGAUGUCUGGGCUCUUGGCUGUGUCAUGUACACCAUGCUCCUGGGCAGACCCCCGUUUGAGACCACCAAUUUGAAAGAGACGUACAGGUGUAUACGGGAGGCACGUUUUUCCCUGCCCUCCACUCUGUCAUCCCAGGCCAGACAGCUCAUCUCCAGUCUCCUGGCCAAAACCCCCGAGGACAGACCUCUUCUGGACCACAUACUGCGCCAUGACUUCUUCACACAGGGUUUUAUGCCAGAACGUCUUCCUGCUAGUUGUUGUCACUCAGCUCCAGACUUUCACGUCUCCAGCCCUGCCAAGAGCUUCUUCAAAAAGGCUGCGGCCGCCCUCUUUGGCGGGAGGAGAGACAAGGUCAAAUACUACGACACUCUGAAUAAACUCACCAAGGAGGAAGAGGAUAUCUACAAGCUUCGACGUGACCUGAAGAAGACUGUAAUCACUCAACAGCAGACAAAGCAGUUGACUGAGGAUGGACGAACACCCUCACCGUCUGCAGAGAGGGCUGUCGCCGCGUCAACGGAGGGCCUGCCCUCAACAACCCGAGACACCAUUCGUCUUAUCGUCAGGGGCAGUCUGGGUAGCUGCAGUAGCAGCAGUGAAUGUCUUGAGGACAGCACCACUGGGAGCGUGGCUGAGACAGUUGCCAGCGUUCUCAGAGGAUGCCUGGAAAACAUGCCCAAAGUGGACGACAUUCCCAAAGGGACAGGGUGCGGUAACCUACAGUGGGUCACUAAGUGGGUGGACUACUCUAACAAGUACGGCUUUGGCUACCAGCUGUCGGACCACAUAGUGGGAGUUCUGUUCAACAACGGGACACACAUGAGCCUCCUCGCAGACAAGAAGACUGUACACUACUACGCUGAGCUGGGUCAGUGCUCUGUGUUCUACACCUCUGAUGUGCCAGAACAAUUUGUGGGCCAAGUGACAGUCCUCAAGUACUUCGCCCACUACAUGGAAGAAAACCUAAUGGAUGGUGGAGACCUGCUGAGUCAGGCAGACACGCACAUGCCCAGGCUCUACCUGCUGCAGUGGCUCAAGUCUGACCGUGCCCUCAUGAUGCUCUUCAACGACGGCACCUUUCAGGUCAACUUCUACCAUGACCACACCAAGAUCAUCCUGUGCACCCAGAAGGAAGAGUACAUGCUCACCUACAUCAACGAGGAGCGUGUGUCCUCCACCUUCAGACUGAGCUCCCUGCUCAGCGCCGGCUGUCCCGCAGACCUGCGCCAACGCAUGGAGUAUUCCCUCAACAUGCUACUGCAACGCUGCAACUGAACCAAGGCAGAGGCUGUUUAUGUGGACAAACAUUAACUACACUACUGCGGCGCUGCGACUGAACCAGGAUUCCGCGCCCGACGGGGGGACUGUGUAUGGUGUUAGAUGGUCCGGUGUGGAGCUUUGUGGAUCUGUCUGCAGAGGGGCAGCUGAAUCUGGAAGGAGAGACUCUGAAAAGGACAGUGGAGAGAGAUCGAGAAAGAAUGUCAGGAGCACAACAAUGGCUAGAGGGCUGAUUUGUAUGUAAUAAGGAUUCUGGAUAAUAUUGUUAUGAUGGGGGAAUGGAGGUACGAUUGUGAAACCCAUCUGACACUGGAGGAAGAGGGAAGUGUGAGAGUGAAAAGAACUUGAAGACUGGGCUGGCACCAGAUGAGAGGAAUUUGUUGUUGUCAUUCUUGUGUCAUUUCUAAUACUAUAGAAUCCCAUGAGGCAUGAUUGAUGGACUGGAUGGAAGGGAACUGGAUUAGAGGACUUUAAUAUACACUGCACUUCUGCAGAGCCUGGGGAGUGAGGGAAGAUUGUGUGGGAGUGUUUGUGUGUGGAGAAACACUAACCAAGUUCAAACUGUGAUUUAUUCUCUGUGAGAACAGAGGAGCAUGGCAGCCUAAGGCUGUGUUAGGCAGGGAAGGAGGGGGAAAUGACAUUGAUUAUCCAAGAGCCAUUACAAUGUUAGACAUCGGGAAAAAUAACUUAUUGUGUACAAUUGCUGUAUUUAUUUAUUUAAUUAAUAAACAUGGUUUUCUUAAAA